CGAGAGUUUUUGUGGGGCCACAUAAAACAGAGGCCAAGCACGCCUGCGCGCCGAUAACGCAAAUUUUAUGGUCCCCACAGCCGAAAGGGGAUCGGUCCCUCUAGCGGCCCCUUUUGGAAGGAAGGGACAAGGAGGAGGAUCCGAAGCGGCGGCUGGCGAAUGAGGGCACAACGGAGACGAUGAGACUUGUGCGUCGGAGGAAAAGAAACGAGCGGAGAUCAUUGCGUCAGAAUGGGUGGCCUGGCCGCGGGUGGCCCGCCGUCGUCGUCUUCCAUGGUGCAGACGCUGCGGUAGCAUCCCUCAUUUCUUUCUUCCUUCCCCCAUCUCCUUUCCCCGCCCACGCCAACGAUGUCCUCCUCGCCCUUCCUCAGCGGCAAGGAACCACAGUCGGCCUUCACCUCCUCCUCUAGCCUGGUUGCUGGUACUCCCCUCUUUCGUUCCAUCGGCCGGGAUUCUACACACUCUUUCAGCUCGGAGACGCCAUACUCCCAUUACGCCUCUUCAGGCAGCGGGAUUGCAGAAAAGUUCUCAUUAUCCCCGGAUCCGUCGCGAUGGGGCACGAACCUCAGCCCCGAAUUCGCUGAGGCAGACGAUGAUAUGCACAAUCCUUCCGACCUCACAGACGGAAAGACAUCAGGUUCUAGUUUCAUUACGAUGCGAGGUCUUACGAACCUAGGCUGUCUGGUCCUCCUCGCCAUUGGUAUCAUCUGUCUUUUUGCUGUAUAUCCUAUCCUGUCAUUCGCCGGUGUAGUGUCGAGUUCAUCGCUGAACGGUUACAACCUCGGUUUGAACGCGUCAGGUCAAGUCCCCGAUAUCGGCAACUUCGGUCUCAUCGACAACGACACGCCUGCGUGGGCAUACACCAAGACUUCGUGGGAGGAUGGCACAGAAAUGCAGCUAGUAUUCUCCGAUGAGUUCGAGACGGACGGGCGCACAUUCUAUCCCGGCGAUGAUCCUUACUGGGAGGCUGUGGACCUUCACUACUGGGCAACAAACAAUCUGGAGUGGUACGACCCUGCAGCGGUGACAACCUCUAACGGCUCACUGGUCAUCUCACUCUCUGAGAAGGCAGAGCACGGUCUAGACUAUCAAGGCGGUAUGAUCCAGACAUGGAACAAGUUUUGUUUCACGGGCGGAUACAUCGAGACGUCUGUCAUCCUUCCUGGUGCCAGCAAUAUCGUCGGUCUCUGGCCUGCCGUCUGGACUAUGGGCAAUCUCGGGCGCGCUGGUUAUGGUUCCACCUUGGACGGGACGUGGCCCUACACCUACGAUUCGUGCGACGUCGGUACUGUCGCCAACCAAAGUGUUAAUGGUGUACCAGCCGCUGCUUCCAUAAAUGGAGACACCGCCGUAGACGGUGUCUUGUCGUAUCUGCCAGGCCAACGUCUCUCCCGGUGCACAUGCCCAGGUGAAAGCCAUCCAGGGCCUGUACACUCAGACGGUACUUACGUUGGUCGUUCUGCACCCGAAAUCGAUAUGUUCGAGGCGCAGGUAUCAGAUGACUCCGGUCAGGUUUCCCAGUCGGCGCAAUGGGCUCCCUUCAAUGCCGCGUAUAUUUGGUACAACACGACGGAGAAUGAGCAGAUCUACAAUACAACCCUCAGCUACCAGAACACAUAUAGCGGUGGUUCGACCCAGCAAGCUACGUCCGUCGUCACGACCACAGAUCAGAACUGUUAUCAGGAGAACGAAAUGUGCUACUCCGUGUACGGAUAUGAGUACAAACCAGGUUUCGACGACGCGUACAUUACUUGGAUUUCGGACAAUAAGACUUCAUGGACAUUGAGAGCAGCCGGCAUGGCAGCAGAUACAGCGACCGAGAUCGCAGCUCGUCCUGUUCCGCAGGAACCCAUGUAUAUUCUCGCUAACUUGGGCAUGUCGUACAAUUUCGGUUCCGUGGAUUUGGCCGACAUCAUCUUCCCUGCUAAGAUGUAUGUGGACUAUAUUCGCGUAUACCAGAAACCCGAUUCGUUGAACAUCGGAUGUGAUCCCACGGACUUCCCAACUGCAGCAUACAUCAACGAAUACAUCGAGGCAUACAACAACCCCAAUCUUACGACCUGGGUUGACGACUUCGGACAGACAGUGCCGAAGAAUAGCUUCCUCGGAGAAUGCUAAUCGUUUACUUCAUCUGCUCAAUGCUGUCUGUCUUCGAUCGAGAACAGCGUCCACAUCGUCGGUCUCCCGCCCACCCCGCACCCGGAGGUCAACGGGCUCUUUUCUGUCGCUUUGCCCGCACUGCUACCCGCAUUCACUUCCAACGUCCCCACUGUAUUAUCACCACCCUGUUGUCUGGCUCGUCGCCGUGUCCUUGUUCUUGUUCUUGUUCUCUCCAUUGGCGUUUGUCCUUUGGCCUGUGACCUGGAGAAGUCUUGAUGGCUUUCAUACCCAACAGUUAGAACGAGCUCUUUUCCUUAGCCGUCUUUUAGUUUUCCUUUCUCGAUGGCACAUGAUCAUGGUGUACUGAGACAUCUUGAGACCAGCCACCGUUUGGACUAGAUGAGCACGCUUUCAUUGACGAAUUGUCACCCACAUUUUUCUUUCCAUUCGAACUUUGUCCAACUAGCAUUCGUUACUCUGACAAUGCAUGCCCACACUUUGUCCCCCUUUCAAUUUCUUCUCGUUAUGCUUUCUGAGUUCCCCAUCCAGAUGCCUUGCAUGUUAUUGUUUCUUCCACCCCCGCCUGCCACAGCUCAGGUUUUCCUGUUAAUCUUCUCAUCCAUACAUACCCUGCUGUCGCACUCAACCUCGUCCGUCAUAUCGGCUCGAC